AAAAAAACCAGUUGGGUGUAUUUACAUUUAUCGUUCAGAUAAAGUGGGACAUGGACAGAAAGACAAUAGAGCAUGAUUAUUGGAGGGUUUUUAAGGUGAAGUUCUUAACGGAUUAUAAGAAUUUGACUCUUAACUUUUAACUAAAAAAACUAAGAACCGACUCUUAAAUAAAAGAGACAUGUUCUUAUAUUCCGCUAAGAAAUCCAUCCUAAUAAAUGAUUCUUAGCUUUUUUAGUUAAAAAUUAAAAGACAGAUUCUUAUAUUCCGCUAAGAGAACCUUCCAAUAAUCAUGCUCUUAUGACCCUUCGUGCCUCUACGAUUUUUAAAUCUGUUUAUGUUUGGGAGAUUCUUUAAUUCUAACAUGAAAAUACAAAUUUUAGCCUUAAAAUUUUUGAAAUCCUAAUUUCAAUAAUAAAAUUAAUAUUAAAUCCAACCUGCAUGUUUUAUAUCCAUGUCCCAAUUGAUAAGACAACUGUAGCAUUAACAUAUAAAAUAUAUAUUUUUCUUCUGAACAACUAAAAUAUAAAAUAUAUAAACAUUUAAUUAAUAUUAUUGUGUACUUUUCAUUUCAGAGUUUCAAACUUGUUGGAUGGCAGACAAAUAAACCCCACAAAACAAAUAAAGAAAAAAAAAAUACAAGAGUUAGCAGAAGAACAACCAACAACAGCUGUCCCUUUCCUCUCUCUAAAAAAGGAUAUCAACAAAUCCUAUAUUAGGAAAGCAAAGAAACAAUUAAAGUAAGCUUCGUUUUGUAAACUUGUUUUUAAACUUAUAUAUAUAUAUUUUAAAACUUAGUUAUAGGUUUUUUUUUCCUCUUUCGCACUCUCUCUCGCUGCAUUAUUGCAGCAGCAGGCAGCAGCCCCUCUUGUUGUCGACUUGUUUCCAUUAUCUCUCGCAAAAGAAAAUCCAUCUUCUCUCUUUCUGACUUGUCCAUUUUUGUAUAUUUCGUUUUUUUCUUUUGCGGUUUCUUCUACUGACUACUGGUUGGUGCAUGGAUUUGGUAAGAUUGCUCAACGUUCAAUUACCGCACCUUUUUUAACCGAUAAUUUAUGAUUAUGAAUAACAUGUUUCAUCUUUCUUUAAUCUUUCUCUUUUUUUUUUUUGAACUUUCUCCUUUUUGCAUUUUUAAAUUCUUGCGGAGGAUGUUAGUAAUUUUAUGAUGAAGUGAAACAUAAAACUGAAAGUUAUAUAUUUUUCUUGUUUUUUUUUUCGUUCCUUUUUUCUUUUUUUUUUUGAUCAAAAAAAAAAAAAAAAAAAGAUCUGUUCUAGUUGUACAUUUCUGCACUUCCCAUUACCUUUUUCAAUACGAUAAGCUUUGCCCCUUUUUGGUAAUUUGUAAUUAACUGUAGUCAAAACAGAAAAUUGGAAAUAAUAAUUGUGUUUUUCAACUGAAAAUUAAAAAAGAGUUUUUUUUUUGUGUUUUUCUUGAAAUUACACACCUUUGUGUUUCCCAGCAUCAAAAUGACUAGGGUUUCAUGUUUGAAAGUUGAUUUUUUCUGUUCCUUUCUUAAACCUCGUUGUCAGUUUAGAUCAACAGGACCAAAAGAAGAAAUCUUGAGACUGUAGUUUCUUUUUUUUUUUUUUUUUUGAGACUGUGGUUUCGUUUUAUAGUGAUUGAUAAGAAGAAAAAAACAAACACAAUCUUUAAAUGGACUGGAACUUCAAACUCAGCUCCGGUUCUUUACCCCAUUUCGAUCAAGAAUCUGUACCGGAUUUAACUCCAAUAGAUGGGUCAUCAUCAUCACCAAGAUUGGAGCCAAAAGGAGAGUUCUCAUUUGAUCUAAAACUAGGUAGGAACAUCGGAAACUCCUCCUCUGCUUUUGGUAAUACAGAACAAGUGACAUGUCUAAGUAAGUGGAAAGAGACUACUGCCUUUCCCAAACCAGAAGCUUCAAGAAACUCUGGUUCGUCCAAAAGGACAAGAGGGAAUGCUACUGAAAACAACCAGAUCCCGUUUUGUCUUGUUGAUGGAUGUGAUUCUGAUUUUAGUAACUCUAGAGAGUAUCAUAAAAGACAUAAGGUCUGUGAUGUCCAUUCUAAAACUCCUGUGGUUACAAUCAGUGGUCAAAAACAGAGGUUUUGUCAACAGUGCAGCAGGUUUCAUGCUUUGGAAGAGUUUGAUGACGGGAAGAGAAGUUGUAGGAAACGUCUUGAUGGACACAAUCGUAGAAGACGGAAGCCUCAGACCGACCACAUCGCUCCUCCUGCACACUUCUUCCAAGGUAGCAAAUUGGUGGAGUUUCCUGGCGCUUCACAUGUGUUUCCAACUACAUCUGUUGCGACCUCGAGCUGGGGAAACGGUCUUGUGAGCGAAGCUAUGGCCAAUGGUUCGAGUUACGGGCAGAACCAGAGCUAUGCUGGUUCUUCUCCUGCAAAGACCGGCAUUAUGUUCCCAGACUCUUCUUCUCUAAAUAGCACAGGGAAACAGUUCCCUUUCUUGCAAGAAGAAGAGAGCUCGAGAACAGCAUCCUUGUGUGAGAGAAUGACGAGUUGCACGCAUGACUCUGAUUUUGCUCUCUCUCUUCUGUCAUCAUCUUCCUCGUCAAUACCACUUUCUUUGUCCCAAGAAGCAGUAGAUACGGUUUUUUACAGGCCCGCAUUGUUUGAGAAUGUAAGUGCAGUCUCUGAUGGGUCAGUUACAUCCGGUAAUGAGGUUGUGGCUCUUCCACAAAUGUUUCCGUUUCACUGGGAGUAGUAGUAGAUAGAUUGAACCAGAGAGAUGUGUGUAAGGGUCUCUUUCUCUAUUUUCUUCUCUUCCUCUCUAAUUUCUCAUGUUCUUCAUCUUGUUAAAUGCUGAACUGUUGGUGUAUAAUGACAGUCAAUUAGUUGA